GAAGAUCCUGGAACUCAUGUCCAACAUCAUCCAGCUGCUGACUGGAGAGGGGUGGGACUAUAAAAAAGGAAACAAGGUUUUUUAUGAUGAAGAAAUGGAGGAUCCACAGCAGCUCCACCCACUGAACUGUGAAUAUGAAGAUGAGAGAGAGAUUCCAGCUGAUCUGGGAGGAACAUUAUCUUAUAAUAAUGAGCCAAGCAAGAUUGGGGCUGAAAACUCAUUUUUUUGUGCCACGGGAAAUCCUUCAAACCCUGAGAUUUCCAAAGAGGAACAGCCCCCACCAGCCAAUGGGAUUAAAGGGAAAGCAGCUUCAUGUGAAGAGGCAAACCAAUCAGAUUGCAGCAUUAAUCCACUUACAGAACAGACACAGGAAACAGAUACACCUACUCCUAUCAUGGGGUGCAACCCCUUAAAAACAAAGGAUGAUAAAUAUGAUGAAAAUGCUGGUACUUCCCUCCUACAUGAAUCUCGUAUAACUAAACAGAAGCUUCAAAAAAGAGACAUUGGUAGACACCAAAGAACCGUCACAAGAGAGAAACGCUUUUCUCGUCAAAGAAAACGUCAUAAUCAUCUUAACGUUACUGCAAAUAAGAAACCAUUUUCAUCCUCAGAACUUACUGUGCAUCAACGAUCCCACACAGGAGAGAAACCCUAUUCUUGUUCUGAAUGUGGGAAAUGUUUUUCCUCUUCAACACAUCUAAAGGUCCAUCACAGAACCCACACGGGAGAGAAACCCUAUUCUUGUUCUGAAUGUGGGAAAUGUUUUUCUACUUCAACACAACUAACGGUCCAUCACAGAACCCACACGGGAGAGAAACCCUAUUCUUGUUCUGAAUGUGAGAAGUGUUUUUCGAAAAUAAGUCACCUUAAACAACAUCACAGAACUCACACAGGGGAGAAACCUUUCUCUUGUUCUCAAUGUGGGAAAUGUUUUACACGUAACUAUAGUCUUAAAGUACAUUUAAAAAUUCACAAAGGAGGAACAGAUUUUUCUAAAUAUCAGCACAGAACCCACACAGGGGAAAACACUUUUUCUUGCUCUGAAUGUGGGAAAUGUUUCUCAACUUAUGGGAUCCUUGCUCGUCAUCAAAAGAUUCACACUGGGGAGAAACCAUUUCUUUGUUCUGAAUGUGGGAAAUGUUUUAGCAGAUCAUCAUCUCUUACUAUCCAUCAACGAAUCCACACGGGAGUGAAACCCUAUCCUUGUUCUCAGUGUGAGAAAAGUUUUUCCUCUUCAACACAACUAAAUGUCCAUCGACGAAGUCACACGGGAGAGAAACCCUAUUCUUGUUCUGAAUGUCAGAAGUGCUUUUUGAAAAUAAGUCAACUUAAAGAACAUCAUAUAACCCACACAGGGGAGAAACCAUUCUCUUGUUCUCAAUGUGGGAAAUGUUUUACACGUAACCAUACUCUUAAAGUACAUUUAGAAAUUCACAGAGGAGGAGCAGGUUUUUCUAAAAAACACAGAACCUACAAAAGGGAAAAAACUUUUUCUUGCUCUGAAUGUGGGAAAUGUUUCUCAACUCAUAGGAACAUUGCUCGUCAUCAAAUGACUCACACAGGAGAGAAACCAUUUCCUUGUUCUGAAUGUGAGAAAUGUUUUGCCACAUCAUCUGACCUUACUAUCCAUCAACGAACCCACACGGGAGUGAAACCCUAUCCUUGUUCUCAAUGUGAGAAAAGUUUUUCCUCUUCAACACAACUAAAUGUCCAUCGACGAACUCACACGGGAGAGAAACCCUAUUCUUGUUCUGAAUGUCAGAAGUGCUUUCCGAAAUUAAGCCAACUUAAACAACAUCACAGAACCCACACGGGAGAGAAACCUUUUUCUUGUGCUGAAUGUGGGAAAUGUUUUUCAUAUCAAGUAGACCUUAAAUAUCAUCACAGAAACCACACAGGGGAGAAACCUUUCUCUUGUUCUCAAUGUGGGAAAUGCUUUACAAAUAACCAAAGUCUUAAGGUACAUUUCAAAACUCACAAAGGAGGAGCAGAUUUUUGUGCCAACAGAAAGCUCACAAACCUGAAGAUCCUGGAACUCAUGUCCAACAUCAUCCAGCUGCUGACUGGAGAGGAAUGGGACUAUAAAAAAGAAAAGAAUGGUAUUUGCAGGAUGAAGGAGGAUCUGCAGCAGCUCUGCCCAGUGGACGGUGAAUAUGAAGAUAAGAGAGAUGAUACAGCUGAUCUGGGAGGAACAUUAUGUUAUAAUAAUGAGCCAAGCAAGAUUGGGGCUGAAGGAGCAGGUUUUUGUGCCAAAGGAAAUCUCACAAACCCUGAUAUUUUUCCAGCAGAAGAGCCCCCACCAGCCAAUGGGAUUAAAGAGAAAGUAGCUUCACAUGAAGAGAGAAACCAAUCAGAUUGCAGCAUUAACCCACUUACAGAACAGAUAAAAGGAAUAGAUACACCUACUCUUAUCAUGGGAUACAGCCUGAAUAACAGCUUGGUAUGUGAUAUAAAAGAGGAGGUGACUUUGUGUGAAGAGGGAAACCAAUCAGAUUGCAGCAUUAAUCCUCUUACAGAACAGACACAGGGAACAGAUACACCUACUCCUAUCAUGGGGUGCAGCCUCUCAAAAACACAGGAUAAUAAAGAUGAUGAAAAUGCUGGUACAUCCCCACCUGAAUCUCCGGUAAUAAAACCGAUUCUUCAGAAAAGAAACAACGAUAGACAUCAAAGCACCAACACAAGAGAAGAAAUUUCUCACCACCCAAAUCUUCAUAAUCAUCUUGGGGUUCGUGCAGCUAAGAAACUGUUUCCUUGUUAUGACUGUGGAAAAUGUUUUGCCAAACCAUCAGACCUUACUGCCCACGAAACAAUCCACACAGGGGCGAAAUCUUUUUCUUGUUCUCAAUGUGGGAAAUGUUUUAUGACUCAAACUAACCUGAAAUCUCACGAGAAAACCCACACAGGGAAAAAAAAGUUAUCUUGUCCUGAAUGUGGGAAAGGUUUUGCCUCUUCAUCACAACUUAAAAUACAUCUGAUGAGCCACACGGGAGAGAAACCAUUUUCUUGUUCUGAAUGUGGGAAAUGUUUUGCAAGUUCAUCAAAACUUUCUAUCCAUCAAACAACCCACACAGAGAUGAAACCUUUCUCUUGUGAUGAAUGUGGAAAAUGCUUUAAAAGCGACUCGACUCUUAGGACACACUACAGAACUCACACGGGGGAGAAACUAUUUUCCUGCUCUGAAUGUGGGAAAUGUUUUUCUAAUGCAUCAGACUUUACUGUCCACAAAAGAACCCACACAGGAGAGAAACCCUUUUCUUGUUCUGAAUGCGGCAAAUGCUUUACCAGAUCAUCACAACGUACUGCCCAUCACAGAAUCCACACGGGAGAGAAACCAUUCUCUUGUUCUGAAUGUGAUAAAUGCUUUACCAGAUCAUCAGAGCUUAUUGUCCAUCGACGAACCCACACUGGAGAGAAACCUUUCUCUUGUUCUGAAUGUGGAAAAUGUUUUUCCAGAUCAACGCAACUUACUGUCCACCAGAGAACCCACACAGGAGAGAAACCAUUUUCUUGUAAGAAAUGUGGCAAAUGUUUUUCUACUAGUUACCAAGUUACUAAGCAUGAUCGAAUCCACACGGGGGAAAAACCUUAUUCUUGUUCUGAAUGUGAGAAAUGCUUUGCAACUCAUUCUCUCCUUGCUAGUCAUCGAAGGACUCACACGGGGGUGAAACCAUUUUCCUGUUCUGAAUGCGGGAAAUAUUUUUCAAAACAAUCUUGCCUUAAGGAACAUCUCAGAACCCACACAGGAGAGAAACCUUUUCCAUGUUCUGCAUGUGGGGAAUGUUUUGCCUCUUCAUCAGUUCUAAAUAUCCAUUAUCGACGAGCCCACACGGGAGAGAAACCUUUUCCUUGUUCUGAAUGUGGGAAAUGUUUUGCAACUUCACCAGAACUUACUUUUCAUGGACGAACCCACACGGGAGAGAAACCUUUUUCUUGUUCUCAAUGUGGGAAAUGUUUUUGCAGAUCCUCAGGACUUACUGCCCACCGACGAACCCACACGGGAGAGAAACCUUUUUCUUGUUCUCAAUGUGGGAAAUGUUUUUGCAGAUCCACAGACCUUACUGCCCACCGACGAACCCACACGGGAGAGAAACCCUAUUCUUGUUCUGAAUGCGGGAAAUGUUUUUUCAGAUCGUCAGAACUUACUGUUCAUCGACGAACCCACACAGGAGAGAAACCUUUUUCUUGUUCUGAAUGUGGGAAAUGCUUUGCCAGAUCAUCACAACUUAGUGUCCAUCGCAGAACUCACACAGGAGAGAGACCAUUCUCUUGUUCUGAAUGUGGCAAAUGUUUUGCACGUAAGGCAACGCUUAAAGUACAUUUAAAACUGCACAAAGGAUGAAAAUCAUAAGCUUGUUCUCAAUGUGAGAAAUAUAUUCAGGAAUUUGUUUUGGCAUUGAUUAUGUGUUGAUAUGCAUUUCAAUAUAGGAAGAAGUUAUUAGUGAAUGGGUGUAAGUCUAUAAUAGCAGCACUUUAAGUACCAUGUGUAUUUCCUUUGCAGUGGACAGAAUGCUCAAAGUACCUUGGGGGUGAGGUUUCUAAUGAAUAUGGAAAAUACCCCGAGCUGGACAGGGGGUGUAUGAAAAAAGUUACCUCUUUCUAUUUAAUUUGUUUAAGAUGACCAGGCAUUUUUGAAGUAAAUGCUCCAGACAAUGUCCCUGUCCGUUGGAUUAAAUAAUUGUCUGGACAGACUCUCCUCUAAGACUUUCAUGUGAAACCUUAAUUGCCCCAGUUGAAGAUGGAGGCCUAGAAAUGUGCCGUGAUUGUAUUUCCUCCUAACGUAUAUACUUGAAUAGUUUCAUUACUCACAGGCAGAGAUAUGUUGGCUGGAGCAUGCCUUUACACUUUCAGGUACCUAGCUAUCAUGCAGAUAUCAUGCAGAUUAUUUCAAUAAAGUUUUUUUUAUUUGUAAGA